GGUUUACUUUUCUCAUCAACUCCUCUCUUCUCUACUUAACAUCAUCUCUCAAAACAAACAUUUCCCCAUCUCUCUCUCUCUCUCUCUCUCUCUCUGAAAGAACAUUUGAUCAGGAUCUGAAUAUGACCAAAGUAUACCCAAACUCGGCUUCUUCACCCACAGCAACCGCCAGGUUCAGUAACCAGUCUUCGUCAUCGCGGUGGUCUCGCAACCAGCUCCCUAGAUUGUCGAAUGAUCAUCGCUCGGCCGCCGCCGACGACUCGUCGUCGUCGGAGCAGGUCGUGCUGACGGUCUGGAAGAAAUCCUUGCUCUUCAACUGCAACGGCUUUACUGUAUUCGACGCCAGAGGGAACCUGGUUUUCAGGGUCGACAACUACAUGGCCGCAUCGGGCAACAACGGCGAGAUCCUCCUCAUGGACGCCGCCGGCAAGCCCCUCCUCACCAGCCGCCGCAAGAGGAUGAGCCUGACAGAGAGUUGGUUGGUGUUCGAGGGCGAAACGACGACGAAUCCCAAGUUUUGUGUGCGGAAGAAGGCGAUGAGCGUACUCAAUCCGAAAUGUUUGGCGCAAGUGAGCCACUGUGGUGGUAACAACAACAACUUAGUGUAUGAGAUAGAAGGAUCUUAUGCGCAAAGACGAUGUACAAUGUAUGAUUCGAAGAGGCGGAUUGUGGCGGAGAUCCGGCAGAAGGAGGCGGCGUGCGGCGGCGGCGUUGCUUUUGGUUUUGAUGUUUUCCGCCUCAUAGUUCGGCCCGACAUGAUGGACACCUCGGUAGCUAUGGCGCUUGUGAUCCUUCUGGACCAGAUGUUUGGAUCUUCCAGGCGCUCUUCUCUUUCUUCGCCUGGUUAAUUACUUAUCAGGCUACUUAAUUUAGCUACUUAGUACAAAAGAAAGAAGAAGAAAAAAAGCUAUCCCCCAAACGCAAUAGUAAAGUACAGAACAUUUAAAUUUUCGAUACUAGUAUGUAAUUAGUUUCUUAUUAUCAUAGUGAUUGGCAUCUUUCCAUCCAUAUAUAGAGUUUAUAUUUUAUUCAA